CCGCGCGCUCUGCUUCACUGUAAAUACUGAUACACCUGUGCUUCUCUACCUGUUUAGCAGCGCUGCCGGGGCUCCAGCGACCUGUUACUGCAGCGCGGAGCGGGGCGGGGGGGUUCCGCGGCGGGCUAGCGGCGGUUAGCUGUAGCCGGGCAGCGCUGCCUGCCUGUGUGUGUUAGAAUGCAGGUGACGGGCUGUGUGACGGGUUGAGUGACGGGCAGGGUGACGGGUUAAUAGGGUACUGCUGCUGAUGUCUGUGUGUUUAGACCGCUCUUCGCUGGUAAAACAGAUUUAUACCGCCUCCACUCAAACAGCUCCUCCGUCUCCACAGCGGGCAGCCCAGCCGGAGGACUCCGCGUCUCCGCCGAACACACCCGGACACAGCCGAGAGCUGAGAGCGCUGGAGAAAUGCCUGCAGGUGUGUGUGGAUGCUGUGGGCGGUGUCGGCCCCGCUAUAAACGCUUGGUGGAUAACAUCUUCCCAGAGGACCCAAAGGAUGGAUUGGUUAAGUCUGAUAUGGAGAAGUUGACAUUUUUUGCUGUAUCUGCUCCAGAGAAGCUGGACCGGAUUGGAGAAUACCUCGCCGAGCGCCUCAGCAGAGAUGUGGUUCGACACCGCUACGGGUAUGUGGUUAUAGCGAUGGAAGCGCUGGACCAGCUGCUCAUGGCCUGUCACUCACAGAGUAUUAAACCGUUCGUGGAGAGUUUUCUUCAUAUGGUGGCCAAGUUGCUGGAGUCCAAGGAACCAGACCUUCAAGUGCUGGGAACCAACUCUUUUGUGAAGUUUGCUAACAUCGAGGAGGACACGCCCUCGUAUCACCGGCGCUACGAUUUUUUCGUCUCUCAGUUCAGUGCCAUGUGCCACUCUACACACGAAGACCCAGAGACACGCACCAGGAUUCGUGUAGCUGGUAUUAAAGGAUUACAGGGAGUGGUGAGGAAGACUGUGAAUGAUGAACUGCAGGCCAUCAUCUGGGAGCCGCAGCACAUGGACAAGCUCAUUCCCUCCAUGCUGUUCAACAUGCAGGAUAAUGACGACUCGGACAGGGCUGGAGGAGAGGAGAACCCUGCAGCUCUGGCUGAAAGCUGUUUUCGGGAGCUGCUCGGUCGCGCUGCCUAUGGGAACAUGAAUAACGCUGUUCGGCCGGUGCUGGUGCAUCUGGAUAAUCAUCGUCUAUGGGAUCCAAACGAGUUUGCAGUGUCCUGCUUCAGGAUCAUAAUGUACUCAAUACAGGCUCAGCACUCGCAUCAUGUGAUCCAGCAGGUUCUGAAUCACCUGGACACACACAGUAAGAACACCCCUCGUGUCCGGGCAGGUAUCGUCCAGGUGCUGCUGGAGACUGUCGCCAUAGCAGCCAAGGGCUCCGUCGGCCCCACUGUGUUGGAGGUGUUUAACACGCUGUUGAAGCACCUGCGUAUGAGUGUGGACUUUGAGCUGGGUGAAGGAUCCAGGAGGAAUUCUGGUACCAGUCUUUCAUCCGGUCGUGUCAAAGAGAACGAGGAGCGCAUCGUCCAGAACGCCAUCAUCCAGACCAUCGGCUUUUUUGGGGGCAAUCUUCCAGAUUAUCAGCGUGCUGAGGUGAUGAUGUUCAUCAUGGGAAAAGUACCAGUUUACGGGACCCCCUGCCACACUUUGGACACAGUCAAAAUCGGGCACCAGGGUACUAAGCGGAUUCAGACGAUGCUCCUUAGUUCUCUCAUUAUGGUGACGUCCGGGUUUAAGUGUAAGACUAUAAGCGCGGGUUUGCCGGCGGCGUUUCUGGAGCCGCUCUGCUCGAUCUCUCUGAUGGAGGACAGCGAGCUACGCCAACUCGUUCUCGAGAUCCUGCACAACAUCAUUGAUCGCCACGACAACCGAGCCAAACUCCGCGGCAUCCGGAUUAUUCCCAAUGUUGCCGCUCUGAAGAUCAAGAGGGAAAAGAUCUCCAAACAAGAUGUUGGUUUCAUGAAAAAGCAUGGGCAGCAGCUGUACAGGCAUAUCUAUCUGGGCUGUAAGGAGGACGAUAACGUUCAGAAGAACUUUGAGCUUCUCUUCACUGCUCUAGCUCUACUCACUAUAGAGCUGGCCAAUGAGGAGGUGGUCAUAGACCUCAUACGCCUCUCCCUCGCUCUGCAGGAUAUGGCUCUAGCUAAUGAGGAGAACAUGCCAAUGUUUAUUCGUUGUGGCAUCAUGGCACUGGUUGCGGCCUACCUCAACUUUCUCAGCCAAAUGAUCGCCAACCCUGCCUUCUGCCAGCACGUCAGCAAGGUCAUUGAGUUGAGGAAUAUGGACGCUCCCUACCUGUUACCUGAACACGUGUUUCGAGAAAAGUGCGUCCUGCCUGAGUCUCUAGACUGUGAGGACAGAGCCAUGUAUUUUCAGACGGCUGAUCUUGCCGACGCGCUCUCUGGACCUGGAUACAACGCAGAGAGACUCGCCAUACCAUACGUGCCACAAGUUACAGAUGAAGACCGGCUGACUCGCAGAAAGAGUUUUGUUGACACUAUCUCACUUCAAGUGGACAUCCUGUCCAACAGCUUACCUGAUCAGUCGACAUUAGCAGAGGAAAUUACCUUCGAGACUCUGAAGAAGGCCAUUGACACCACUGGUCUGGAAGAGCAGGAGCGAGAGAGGAGGCGGCAGGUAAUGGAGAAGUUUCAGAAAGCUCCGUUUGAAGAGAUCGCUGCCCACUGCGAGUCUAAGGCCAACAUGCUGCACGACCGUUUGGCUCAGAUCUUUGAGCUUACAAUCCGCCCGCCCCCGAGUCCAUCCGGCACGGUUACCGUCACGUCAGGCCACGCCCAGUACCAGUCUGUGCCCGUCUACGAGAUGAAGUUUCCCGACCUCUGCGUCUACUGACCUGCCGACCCAGCGGCUCAUCUUUAACUAAUGAUUUCAAGCAUUUAAAUUAAUUUGAUCUUCACCAGACACUCGCAGAUACUCACCUUUAAUGAUUGACCUUUACAUCACUUACACUUUUAAUUCUUAAAAAUAUUUAGUCUUUAAGAUCAUUCUCUUAAAAACACUUAAAAACACGCUUAAAAUCACACUUUAUUGAGAUGUUCUGAAGUUCCACCUACAUUAAACUGGUUUUAAAGGACUUUAAAGGACUCAUUUAGUCUUCUAGUGCUUCCCCAUAAUCCAUCAUUCAUAAUAUUCAUACUAUGGACUUUAACCCCCAGUGGCUGCAGAUAUGAGCCCACGUGUAUGUUCAACCACCUCUGUGCCGAUUAAGAGGAAAGCAGAGACUGUACUAGACAUGUUAGCGUAGGGAUGGGCGAUAUGACUAUUUUAUCAUAUUGUGAUGAAUUGCAUCAUUUUAUCUGAGCGUAUCGUUGAUAUUAAUAGUGCUUAAACAGCUGCGCUAUUUUAUUUUUUAAUUUUUUCAAAACAGAGUGUAAUUCUCUUGAUUUUGGAAGAAACAGUAAAUGAGCAGGUGUCCCAAUACUUUUCGUCCAUAUAUGCAUGGGAUAGCGUUCAAUUAACAGUUUCUAAGAAUCUAAAUAUCAUGUUUUUUUUUUUUUUUUAGCAGCUUCAAUAGAAUUUGUUUCAUACUGUACAAUUGACAAUCAGUGAACAUCGGUCAAGCAUAACAUUAUGACCAUCUCCAUUUCUUUUAAUCUCCACUGAGCAUACAGGAGCACUUACCGUAUUUUUUGCACUAUAUGCUGCACUAAUAAACGUCUAUUUUCUGGUCUAUUUUCAUACACAAGGCGCACUUUGAGACACUAUGAGGAACUUCUAAUUCAUCAGAUCUCACCGCUGAGUGGUGGUGGGGGGGGGGUAGCUAACUAAGUGAAGUAAAGCUAAGCUAAAUAAACAAAACUGUAAUAAAAAAAGACUUUAUUUUAAAGUCAAACGAGCACUGAAAAUUUAACUAUAUGGAUUUCUCUGCUAAAAACUGUUGAUUUGUGUGAGUAAAGCACUUCUGUUUAUUUACAGUAAGCUUAGAUUCAUGAAUAUCUCCAGCACUAAGGCUGGAGUAUUAGCAUUAGCGGCUAACGGUUAAUGGGUAAUGCUAAUGCUGCUCCAGCAGUGCUAGCUGGGGUCAGGAGCAGGCUAGAGACCGAUAAUACUCACCUCUGAACGGCAAAAGAGCUAGUGCUGUUAGCGGGUAAUACUAAUGCUGCUCCAGGAGCAGGCUAGAGACCGAUAAUAUUCUCCUCUGAACGGCAAUAGAGCUAGUGCUAAUGCUGCCCCAGCCUUAAGGUUGGAGAACUAAACUAAAACUUAUGUAUAACGCUGUACUUCAGCUGAUUGGCUGCUGUAGAAUUCAUACACGGACUGAUGAUUUAUGGGAAAAUGAGAGGAUAAGUGUGCCUUAUAGUGCAAAAAAUACGGUAGUUCUAUUUAGUUUUAUAAUUACAGACUGUAGUCCUGUUGUCUAAAGUAUAUUUCUCUGCAUACUUUCUUAUUAUUAUCCUCAUUUCACCACAGAGCAGCUAUUAUUAUUAUUUGGGUGGUGGGUCGUUUAUUUUACAGCACUGCUGUGCCACUAAUUGGCAUGAUGGUAGGGUGUAUGUUAUGUGUUAGUGUGGUAGGAGUGGAUCAGAUACAGUGCUCCAGCAGUGCUGCUGGAGUUUUUAAACACUGUGUCCACAGUUUAUAGAAUUGCAGAGUGCUCCUAAAAAAAUAAUAGAUCAUGUUUGUUGCAACAGGGAGGUGAUCAUAAUGUUAUUCUGCAUUUUCUCUGCGAUUAAUAUUGUUAAUAUCGUGAAAUUGUCUUUAAAUAUGCAAUAUCGCAAUAUGAUGUGUUUGCCAUAUCGCCCAGCUCUACUACUCUGUGGUGUCAGUCUGCUGUAAAAAACACAAGCAGUACAUUUUAGCAGCUCUUCAGAAAUUCACCAGCUCUACAUCAGGUGUGUGUGUCUGUGUCUAAGUGUGUGUGUGUGUGAGUGUGUGAGUGUGUAUAUCUACCAGCUUUUUGCCUGUGUGCGUUUGUUUCACAGGCUGAGAGUCAUUUGAAGCCUGCUGGCUCUUUGUGAAUCAUAGCCUCAAUGGUUCUUGUGUUCGGCUUAAAAAUAACGUUUACAUGAGUCACAGCAACUCUGAAUAGAACCUAAUGUGAACCAAGAGACUUACUUUUUUCUGUAUGACGUAGGCAUACAGACACCUCUCUCUUUCUAUCUAUAUCUAUCUAUCUCUAUCUCUCCUUAUUACUCUCCCUCUCUUAUUCUUUGUGCUGGAUCCACUUCUUCUGCACUUCUUAAGGCUAUAAAUAAUGGAACAUAGAAGCCCCGCCCUGAUUCAUUACGGCGAAGGUAAGAAAAGCGCACAUGGAAACGUAUAAAAAAAACUGGAUAUUUAGAUCUUUUCCUGUCAUUUCCGGAGCUUUCCGUUCUUGCAGAUUAUAACGUGUACUUAAUAACGCGGGCAGAUGUACAGAACCCAUGCUAGGUUUAGCAGCUGGCCCCGCCCACACACACACACGUAUCCUCCGUAAGAUCAGGUCUCUUCUCUCGUACGUACGAUGACUAACGGUCCUGAGCUAAAUAUUGCUAUAUUAUUAAAUAUCUAUAUAUAGUAAAAGCCAAGAGUUGCUUCAUAGAGUAAUAACUGUUGCAGCUUCUUCUAGCUACGCAAAAACUACGCAAAGUACAAAGUACGCAAAGUGGAAUGUUAAUUAUAAUAUACGUUUAUAUCGUGACUGUUAAAAGCUUAAAUACUGUGCUUUAAAUGUACGACGUAUGCCUUGGUUAGCUUUUUAUAUAUACAUAUAGAAUCUGUUUGAUCCUGUAUUAAUUGGUAUGUAUUUUGGUAUAUGUGUUUUGCUGUAUUCAACCUGAUUGGCCUACAGUCCUCUUCAUAAUUAUUGGCACAUUAAGUGAAGAUGAGUUUAAAAAGAGAUAUAAGAAAAUGAUCCUUUUGGUAUCUUUUGGUGAAUCAGCUUAAUUUUACACUGAAAAAACUGAAAAAUUUAAAUCAUAUGUAUUAAAAUUGGCAAACGGAAGAAUCCUGUGAUUUAGUGUUUUACUGAGAUAUAUGCCAAAAGUCAUAGGACAAGAACCGAUGGCCCAUAGUGUCCCAUGACUUUUGCCACGUCACAUGGAAGCUAAACAACACACUGUGCUGACCCACUUGUGGGAGGAUAUGCAUUCGUGCAUAUGUGUGUAUCGUCCUGCCCCCAAAAAAAUCCCUUGUCUGCUGUACACAUGGACAUUUCUAGCCAAAUACUGCCGGCCACGAUCAUUACCACCCGCUGCUCAGUUUCUAUAGUAAGUAUUCCUGCUACACGUUGCCCAAACUAGCUGUUAGAGUGAUGGUUUCUCUUCCAAAUUAAUAAUACAUUUAAACUAUAUUUUGUUCAUGUGUCAAAAUAUAUUUAAUCAAAUUAAAUCUUGAUGUAUUUUUUACUUUUUACAUUAAGCUAAUUCACCAAAAAAGUUAUUUUUGGCAUCAUUUUACUCUACUCACUCUCUUUUAAGCAGUAAUUGCCAGUAACUGUGGACAGGACUGUGUGUACAGUAUAUGUAGUAGUAUGUAGAAGACUGUCCACAGUAAGGUUUUGGAGAUUGGCUUAGACCACAGUUGUGUCUGAAAGGGAAUAUCUUUUACAACAUAUACAGCUCUGGAAAAAAAUGAAGAGACCUCUUCAGUUUCUGAAUCAGUUUCUCUGAUUUUGCUAUUUAUAGGUAUAUGUCUGAAUAAAAUGAGCAUUGUUAUUUUAUUCUGUAAACUACGGACAACAUUUCUCUCAAAUUUCAACUAAAAAUAGACAUUUAGAGCAUUUAUUUGCAAAAAAUGAGAAAUGGCUGAAAUAAAAAAAAGAUGCAGAGCUUUCAGACCUCAAAUAAUGCAAAACAAGUUCAUAUUCAUAAAGUUUUAAGAGUUCAGAAAUCAAUAUUUGGUGGAAUAACCCUGGUUUUUAAUCACAGUUUUCAUCUUGGCAUCAUGUUUUCCUCCACUAGUUUUACACACUGCUUUUGGAUAACUUAAUGCCUUUACUUCUGGUACAAAAUUUCAAGCAGUUCAGCCUGGUUUGAUGGCUUGUGAUCAUCCAUCUUCCUCUUGAUUAUAUUCCAGAGGUUUUCAAGUUGGUAAAAUCAAAGAAACUCAUUAUUUUUAUGUGGACUCUUAUUUUUUCCAGAGCUGUAUAUAUGUAUAUUAAGGCUGUGUCAUCACAUACAAAUCAUCCUAAAUCGAGAAUAUUCAGGAGUUUUACUUUCUUUGUUUUGUGUCUGAGUCUGUAGAUUCAGAAAUGAGACAUUUCUGCAUAUCGGUGAAGUUGGGAGAAUUUGCGUAAAAGAUCAAAUGUUUAAUCGUUAAUAUCUAUAAUGCAUUUUUUUUCUGUAAUUUAGAAUUUGCUAUCAGUUGUCAGUUGCACCACUGUUGAUGUGGGGAGAAUGAAUUGCAAGAUUUGGGAGAAUUGAUCAGGCUGGGCUAUCUCUGGGAGAUAUCAAUAAAUGGUAUAUUUUUUUGUAACAAAGUCAAAGGGAAAAUGGUGCAGUGAUGAAAUUGACCAAUCCGUAGUCUGCCUGGUGAUUUGUUCGUUUGAAGCUGCUAUGUAUUAAGAAAUAUUAGAGGUUUUAGGAAACAUGGAGGUUUCCUACAUUUAUUAAAUGUUAUUUAUAAAUUAAUUAAUUCUUUAAUUAAUUAAAACCAUCAUUUUGCAUACAAAAUAACCACCCUGCAUCUUUUAGUCCAGCGAUGUGCUCCUUAUUAAAAUUCCAGUCAAUGGUCUCUCACCAGGAGGUACACUACCCCAUAUUAAAGGAUUUCUUAGUCUGUGAAUGAGUGAAACCAGACCAUGGCAUCGGAAGUAAGUAAGCAGUGCUAAACACUGUGAGGCGGCCUGUCACGAUUAAUUAUUAUCAAAUCAUUGUCCAAAUAAAUGGAUAUCACCUCUAUAUUUUUUAAUGACUAAUAUUCUCUAUUGCGUUUCUUUGUUUAAGUAAGAAUGAAUAUCACCAAUAUUAUUGCAAGUAUUCAAAAAUAUAUAUUGUAAACAUUUGAGAGAUUGCCAAAAAAAAAGAGUCUCCCAAACUAUUAACUAUGAAUAUAAAGCUCUGUCAUCACUAUUUAAUAUUUUUGUGUAAUUAUAUGGUACAACGUUAUUUGGAUGGUCUAUUAUAGAAGCCCCAUAGAUGCUCAACUAACAUUCAACUAAAUAAAGUAAAUAUAUUGAGAAAAGUCUGUGUUCCAGCACAUAUAUCUGUGCAGUUUGAAAAUUUGCUGCUGCAUUUUUAUGUUUUUUUUUUUUUUAAUAGGACGUAACAUGCAGAUGUACACGUCUGUGAGCACUGACACAGCACAGAACGCGCUUGUAAACAGCAUGGAGCAGCCGAGCUGUGGUCAUUAGCAUUAUCUGACUAAUAUAUCAGAUUAAACUGCACCUUAAUCUUAGGUUUAGGGUUGAUUUAAGUUCAUGGCUCCAGGCUUAUAUUUAGGGUGUUUUCACACCUGUAGUUGGUUUCUAUGGUCCGGAUCAGUUGAUGAGUUUGUUUACUUUAGAGUGUUUUCUUCCUCUGUUUGGUUUGGUUUCACACAGGCAUGAACCUAAACACACCAAAAUCUGCACCAAUAAACCACACAAGCACAUCGUCUCCUCUGAUUGGUCAGAGCUGUCUGUCGCGGGAGCAGGAAAAUAAACAUGGUGAGAAGUU